AAAUGACUUAUAAUAUAUUACACUUUAUUACUUUAAAAAACAUUGCCUACUUAGCAAUUUUUAAUAUAGUAAAAAAAUUUUCGCCAUGCUUGUACAAGCCGAAAAUCAGAUUAAAGUUGUUUAUCUUAACAACGUCCCUGACCUUCAAUGAAGUCUAUAAAGCAAUGGAUAGCGGAAAGCAAAUGGUUUUUGCAGCAUCCAAUGUUCGUCAAAUUCGUGAUCAACUUAGGAAAAGCCAGUCGACCGAUUUGGUUUUAGACGAUGCAUCGGAAGAGGGCUCUUUGGAAUAUGGAAACGAAUAUGGUGGUAUAUUAGGGAAACCAAAACCCCCCGCAGACACAGCUCCCACUGUUUUUCCCAAUAAACGACGUAUUGCCAAAGGGAAGUGUAUCAAGCAAGAGAAUUCUCAGUCCCCACCUACUUCUGCAGUUUCUCCUACUUUUCUGACAGAUUCUAUACCUAAAGAAACACCUUUAAAUGAUCUCCAAGCAAAUCCUAUUGUUCAGACUGAAUUAGAAGAUUUUGAUAAUGACGAAAUCGAGCCAUUAGCUCCUCCCCUUGUUCAGUGUACUAAACCUUGCCCAACAAUACAAAAAAUAGUUGGAAAGCCUAUUGAAGUACAAACUGCUCGGGAUCUUCGUCGGCUAUUGUUAAAGAGUAGUUCUGUUUGUUGGUCGGCAGAGUGGGUUGAACAAGAUAUAGCUUUUAAUGAAGAGCCUAAACUACUUUAUGGAAUUGUGCAAAGAAAGGGUGGGCCUUGUGGUGCGUUAGCUGCCAUUCAAGCUUGGUUACUGUACUAUUUACUUUUCUCUGAAAUGAGCGGUGAUAGUAUGCGUUCAGAGCGUCUAAGGAAUCCUGUUUUGAUAAAGAAAUCAUUGAUUAAAGCUAUUUUGCAUAUGAUCUGGUCGGCUGGUGAAGGAAGAACGGGCAGUGUAUGCAUAAAAGGUAGAACUCCUCACAUUCCAUCGACGGUCAAUCUUCCUCACGAUAGUAUUACAGAAAAAUUGAAUAUUCACACCUGCAAAAAUAUAAACGAAUUGGAAAGCUACAUAGAACAGCACAUAGACUCAUUUAUAGCAGAGGGUGGAGUUUUAUUAAUUAUUUACAGCGUAAUACUUUCCAGAUCAAUAAGAACGGUAAAAAGAGAUAUGGAUGAAGUAGAUAAGUGUUUAAUAGCAUCUCAUAAUUACUGCUCUCAAGAAUUAGUGAAUCUUUUACUCACUGGUAGAGCUUGUUCAAAUACAUUUAACGAUAACAAAAGCUUAGAUGAUUUAAUUUUGAAAGGAAUUGAUCAAAGACAGAUAAUAGGAAUGCUUUCACUCUUUGACCAUUAUCGUAGUGUUGAAGUAGGAAGUUAUCUAAAAACUCCGAAAUCUCCUAUAUGGUUGAUCUGCUCCGAGAGUCAUUAUAGCGUUUUAUUUAGCACUAAUAAAGCUCUAGUGAAUGAUUGGAAAGCUGAAAGAUUCUUUGAUUUGUUCUAUUAUGAUGGUCUUAGUAAUCAACUAAACGAAAUUCGGCUUACUAUUAUCACCACCGAGAAAAAUUAUGUUCCACCAGAAAAAGAGGGUGAAGAGUUAGUGCCACCUUUGGAGUUAUGUAUUAGAACCAAAUGGAAAGAUGCAAGAGUCGAAUGGAACGAUUCAACACCUAUUCUAUAA